CUUGAGGAUAAUUUCGCCUUGGAAUGUGGAACACCGCCUGUUGUUAGUGCUAUCAUUCACCAGAGAACUUUUGGAAGGAGCAGAAGUUGUAUGUGAAAAUAUUGAACAAAGAUCUGUCAUAUCAACAGGUUCGAAUUGAAACGUGGAUACCCUGGAGUCAUAAUUUUGCCUCAAACUUUGAGCUGGAGUGGUGUGCGCUUGUCCUUGUGAACUCUUGGAUAUACACAUAACUUCAUUGGAUGAUACAAUAUCAGUCCAUGCGAUUUUAUCCCGGCAGAGCUGUGUGUCGAGAAGUCAUUAUCACCUUCUUUGACCAGAGUGCCUCCAGUCAUACAGAAGCCAUCACACUUUAUGGAUUCUCUCACCAUAAACUGUAUAAUAACUGGAUAUUACCAUCGGCGGAAUACAUAAGUCUGGCUUUGAGUGCGGGUGUACAUAGGGGCCUAUAAAUCUAUACGAUCUAUUUGUAUACAACCAAGCGAUAUUCCUGUUAUUACUGCUUAGGAAUAUAGCCACUUCUCGGCCUCAAUUAAAUUCUAAGGAGAAAGUGAAGUUUGUCCAUGGCAUAUUCUAAAUUGUAGUUUGCUGGUUUAGGGUUUGGUUGAUGGUGGAUUUUCAUGGAUAUUCAUUAAAAGGUUGACAAUUUCUGAAAACCUAGACCCACUUCAGUGCCACAGCUCCAUUCUCUAUUAGGUGAAGUGGCAUUUAUUUUUGACAGCUUUGUGCAGAGAGCUCGAGGGUAGCUAUGGAAUUAGCGUUGACGAUAGCAGUGGAUUUUACUGACUUCGUUGCGGUUUCGUGUGUCUGAGGUGUGAAAUUGGUUGGACAGCCUAUUCAGGACUGCAGAGCAACAUUUCGGUUUGUCAGUUGUUAGUUUCAUUUCUUGGAUUUGCUGGUAUCUCUGUCAGUGUGCAGUAUUUUCAAUGGAUUCAAUCAGUGGAUUCUUGGCCUGAUAUCCUGCAGCAAACUCUACCGAUCAAUUUGUGAAUCCUACUAAUUGACGAUGUGGUCGUAUGCGUAUGAAACACCUUGGGGUGCUGGAUCGGACUCUCCAUACCAGAUGCCCAGGCCUGUCCCCUUUGAGCCGCCCACGGCGAGGAGUGUAGCCCUCCCCUUGAUUCCUGCACCAGAGUCUCCAGCCAGUGACAGCCCUAAUGGUCCAGCUCCUCAGUUCUUUGGUAUAGGGCUUGGUCCCAGCCCCGCCCUCCACAGGAGUUACUCCUACACUUAUGAUUGGAAUAUCAAGCGCCAGUUUUGGCAGCAACAGUACUUUUGGCGGGAUAGGUUCUAUGAAAGGUGGGAAUGGGUCGAGAUCAUCGAACCUCGUACCCAGGAGCAUAUGUAUGCUAACCUCACCACUGGGGAAUGCGUAUGGGACCCGCCACCGGGAGUUAAAAUUAAAAAGACUGACGACAAUCAGUGGUGGGAGCUGUUUGACCAGAACACCUCCAGAUUCUACUAUUACAAUGCUACGAGUCAGAAGACGGUCUGGCACCGCCCGCAGAACUGUGACAUCAUACCUCUUGCUAAGCUGCAGACGCUUAAACAGAACACGGAAGUUCGAGAAGAUGACGCGAUACGCAAGGCAGUGGUUAAGUGUGAGAUGUCCACGCAGACACCAACCACACCAAAACGUGAGCCUCAUCCACACCAAAGGUCUGCAUCUGUGCGGACAACGAAUAGUGCUCAGACUAGUCCUUAUCCCGGUAACAAAAAAUAUCACCACCGCUCAGGGUCCGGGCGAAAUUACACGAAGGAUGAACGGUACAUAAAUGGCGAGAGGUCACAUCAUAGGCGAAGAGGGAGCACCCCCGCCAGUGGUCAUUAUCAUCGAAAAGAGUCAGGGGAGUCCCCGCAUAAGUCGGUGGAAUCCCCACGUCCACAUCGAUCGCGGGAAUCGUCACGUGGUUCCGUGGAUAGCGGUGGCUCUUACAGCAGCGUCAGUCAUGGCCGGAGUGCUUCGUAUGACAGCACUGGUUCUCACACCGGCACCAACACGCGAGGAUCAUUGGACAGUAGUGCGUCCCACUCGCGCAGCUCGCGAGACAGUCCAGUCUCGCGUUCGCGGACAUCAGGCGACAACUCGCAAAAUAGGACUUUAGACAACGGCUCACAGACACGUUAUUAUGACAGUGGGACGUACUCGCGCGAUAGCGGCUCACAGUCGCAGUCCCGCAGUUCAUUGGAUAGUGCAGUACAGGCAACGACUACACCAAGAAGUGUUGAUAAUACUCGGACCUAUCACGCUGAUACGUUACCCGCCCGCGGCCACAGCCACCAUGGUCACGGCGGACAUGGUUAUGAAUCGUCGCAUUCUAGGAGCUCUUACGAUUCAUCGCCGCAGUCUCGUGGAUCACUGGAUAAUGCUCCCGCCAUUUUACAACAACAGCAGCAAUUGGAGGAAUUCAAUCGCUCGGAUUAUCCUCCACCUUACAAUCCUGAACAAAUACGUCAACUCGUAGAGAUGAGUCCCAUGUUGUCGUCAAAACCAAAACGUUCGUUUCCGCGUACCAACCCUUCAUACGUCGGUGUACCACGACGGGAUGGAACACAUCUAAAUCAUCCUCCACCUGCAUAUAAACGGAUAAACUCACAAGAUCGGGGGGAGCAGUAUUAUGCUGAAAGAGGUACAGAUAGUAGUGACACUUUGUCCCUGUUGGAAAACUCGGGCAUAGGCCUUCAGACAAGUUUGGGUAGUAGUACAGAGUUUAAUGAUAAUAUCAACUUAGGAUUAAUGUAUAAACAUGACCGAUCCGAUAGUGAGGCUUCGCACUCGUCGCAUCGUGGUGGUAGCCAUUAUCACGAUCGUUCUGACAGUCAAACAUCACAGAGUUCUUUAUCGCGGACAAUGCGCGACCACCCGUCGGAUAGUCACUCUUCCCAGGGUUCCCUGCGCAACAUCCUGGAUAGUCAUUCGUCGCAUCACUCGUCGCAAGGUUCGAUACGUAACAUGCAGGGGGAGGUGCGCGACAGCUCCUCUCAGGGUUCGCUACGAUACCAACAACUCCAGGAGGAAUCCGAACACAAGUCGUACCAGAGUCCAGACGUGGAGUUCACCCGCUUCCCGCUCAACGUUGCGCACAUCAAGCCCCCUAGCGAGGAUUUCCCAAUUUACCAGGAGAUCGAGACAGUCACCCAGGAGCAACACAGCGGCGAUAGUCUGGAUAUGCGCAGUGCGGAUAGCCUCUCGCCGCAGGAGUACAUGAAUAACCGCCAGGAUACUCCGGGCAGUGAGCGGUCCGUGGGAAACUCCAGUUGUGCUUCUGAAGGUGAGCCGGAAGGUGGCCUCCGUUUGUAUAGCAGCUCCCUGUUUACCAUGCUCAACUGGAAAGGAGCCCAAGAGCAAGAGGACUAUGAAGACUCUGACAACAGUAGCGUGUUCUCGACACCGUCGCCGAAACCUCGCAACAAAGCACCACCUCCGCCAACGCUGCCGUUAGACGUUCAUCACGCCUCAUUGCGCCGAAAACGAAUCGUAGAGAAGUCCGAGUCGGCGACGCCCAUAUCGGUGCUUGAGAAAAGCGUGUCGAUGCAGGCGGAGUUGGCCAUGCAGCGCCCCCUGUCCAUGGUGGUGGCAUCACACUCCGAGGCGAACAUGAUGUCACCAGGAACAAACUCGUUACAGAGACCGAAUCGCGGAGCAUCCGUACCGAGUACACGAUCGUCUGGAUCCCUGUCGAAGAACCGCAAGCCAGGCUCGGACAGUGAGAUUGAGAACUAUGCGAUACAGAAUCUGAACGUCCACAAGAAGGGACUGCUGGGGAAGAAGGUGUCCAUUGCUCAGAUGCUGGCCUGGUCCAAGGAGCUAAUCACCAAACCGAUGAUCAAAACCAACGAUAAGGCAAUCAAAAAGGAAUCGUGCGAGACAUUCAAGCUGAUCCAGAUGUACAUGGGUGAUCGCCGGUCCAAGAGCACACUGCCCCAGAUCGCCCUGGAAAUCGCCAUCAAGGGAUGGAGUUUACCCACGCUCAGGGACGAGCUGUAUAUACAACUGUGUAGACAGACUACCGAUAAUAUUAGCGAUGAUAGUUUAAUGCGUGGCUGGGAGCUGAUGGCAAUCUGUCUGAAUUUCUUCCCUCCGUCGAUGAAGUUCCAUUCCUAUCUCGAGGGGUAUAUCUGUCGACACCUCGACCCAAUGUUCGAUACAGAAUGUGUGCCAAUUAGUCAUUUUGCGCAAUAUACGAUAAAGAAGUUGGAGCGAGCUGUGAAAUUAGGGGCCAAGAAAGGGUUAAGGAAACCGACACUAGAUGAGGUGGAGCAGGCCAGGCGUACGAUAUUCCACCCGUCGAUGUUCGGUAGUACCAUGGAGGAGGUGAUGAUGAUGCAGAGGGAGAGAUUUCCAAACCGUCGGUUGCCAUGGAUACAGACGGUCCUCUCAGAGGAGGUACUCAGGCUAGAUGGUGCUCAAACUGAAGGGAUAUUCAGAGUGCCUGGGGACAUUGAUGAGGUGAAUGCGCUCAAAGUGCGGUGCGACCAGUGGAUACCGCCGACCGACUGCCCCGACCCACACAUCCCGGCCUCGUUACUCAAACUCUGGUUCAGGGAACUUUACGAGCCGAUCAUACCUAACGACGUUUAUGAACAGUGUAUAGAAAACUAUGCAAAUCCCGAGGCUGCCGUCGAUAUUGUGAUGGGCUUGCCGGAAAUCAACAAAUUGGUGCUGUGUUAUCUCAUCAGAUUCUUACAGGUGUUCGCUGCUAUUGAGAAUGCUCAGAUCACAAAGAUGGACAUUAAUAACUUAGCCAUGGUGAUGGCACCGAACUGUCUGCGCUGUGAGUCGGAAGAUCCCAGGAUAAUAUUCGAGAAUACACGAAAAGAGAUGGCAUUUGUGCGCACGCUGAUUCAACACCUAGAUACGAGUUUCAUGGAAGGCGUGAUAUGACGUAGACAUUAGGAGUGAGUUUAGUACGGAGUACUAUGUGACACUAGGGACGAGGUCUUCACCAUGUAUGCUUCUAACAGAGGGACCUUAUUAAUCUAAGGACGAGGUUUUAGUGUGGUCACACUACAGAUAUGACGAUUAGCUCUGGCGUAUAUUUCAGUGGGGUUUCAACUGGGGCGAGGUUGUUGUCGUGUUUUGAAGAACGGUGUGCUGAAAGUGACAAAGUAACCCGUGUUCCAUCUGUGUUCAAUACAAGUGCUCAGGAUGACCCUUUCGUUGGUGAAAAUGGAACUGACUCGGAAGUGCUCAGUGCUUUUUACGGUGAGGAAAGUGACUGCUUGUGUCUGAUGAUAAUACCGUUAUGAGUGACGGGGCCUCAGACUGUCGUAUCUUCCUGCUUUUUAUGGUGAAUGCAGAUUCUUCUGUCCAUGCAGUUUACUUUUACCAACAAGGAACUCAAAGUACAUCUAAAGUGAUUUGUGUGAAUUCUAUCUCUAUUAGCCAGAUACUCGUAGGAUUCGAAAAACCUGCAUUGCGUGAAUGUACUCGAAUCUGACAGAUUUGGUUUCGUGCCAUUGACCACUGUAUUAUAAUAGUACCAUUGCCCCUAACUUGGAGGCUACAUCAGUCCUGGUAAUGUAAUGUUGUGCUUAUGAAUGACCAAGUGUUUCCAUAACUGCACUUGUGGCUUGCAAGGCAAAACCUGAGCAUUGGUAAGUUACUACUCGAGGUGGAGAUAUUUUAUAUCAACGAUAUUUAGAGAAAUUCUUACCACUGGUAAUGUUUGCACCAAUGUACUGAAUCAGGCUUAACAAACUGUAUCAUUUUCAUAGUGUGUCUCUUGCCCCUUGUGAGCUGGCCUCUCAUGUGUUUCAUAAUCGAAAGUAAGCCCAGACUAGUUUGCCAGAGUAGCAUGGGGUCUGAAUUUGGGUUCCUUCGAUGAGGUGGUUGAAGGCCUGAAUCCACUAAGGUGGUUUUCCGUCGGAGUCCAAUACUUUCAUUGAAAUUCUGCGCCUGUCUUUUCACAAGGUUAAAGGCCUAAAUCCACUUAGGGUUUUUUUCUGCUAUGUGAAACUGCUUUCUCAACCAUUUGACUCUGCAGCUUUCACUGAAAUUCCACGCCUGUGUAAACCAUGCUGUUUCCCGCACUCACCGCUGUAGUGGUAAAAGUCUGGGUAGGCUUUAUGCUUGAAAAAUCCAUGCUUGUAUAAAGUUACACUUCGAAUUGCGCUGUUCAGAAUAUAAGUUUAGUAUCGAAUGCACUGUACUCAUUGUGAUGGUUGUAAGGGUGGCCGGAUUCUCUUGUGUCCAUCAUCAAUCUUGAAAUUGUCUCAAACCUCGCUCGGCUUCUCAAUUUGUGGAAGAAACAAAGAUAAAUGGAGUACUUUCUAACCUGUCAUUCCAACUGUAACCUUACCACAUCAAAAGCAAUGAAAUAAUUGUAGAAGCUUUCGAUGUUUUCGCAUGAACUUUGUCUCCCUUUUCGCACUUCUCCUCUUUUUCACGACCGCGGUUAACAAACGAAGGAGCGUAACGGUUUCUAUCAUUUAUUCUUACCAUCACAUCUUUCGCUUGCCUUAGGUAGACACUCUGUGGGCUAUUUUUAUAUGGGUACGUGGUAUCAUGGUGUACCUCUUGUAUACAAGUGCAAUAGUUUAACCGAUGUAGUCAUGGUCAGGAGAAUUUCAACGUUGUGCAUCUCUCGUCUUCACUUUGAAUUUCUGGCACUUUCACUGCAUUAUACUUUCCCAUGCGCUAGAUUUCCAAGCGAUAUUUCAUUGCGACGAUGAUUUAGAUUUACAAAAAAGAAUUUUAUAUUCAUCAUGACUUAGAGACGUCAAAACCUUUAUCCAAGUUUUUGAUAAAAGGGAAGUGAUAUUUCAUUCGACAAUGAAUAAAACUAUUGAGAUUUACAAAAAAUAGUAACAGAGACGUCAAUACAUUUAUCAAAGUUUUCAUACGAGGGAUUUCUUUUGAAUUAACAACAAAAAGCUUGAUGCCAAAUGCUCCAUUCACAAAACCAACUUGUCAGGGUAACAUCAAAACAAAACUUACGAUGUGCGUUACUAAGAAAAGGCCAUGUAAAUUACUGUAACAUUCACAGUGAUACUAUAGCAGUUACAAUUGGUUGUUUUUAUUGAAGAGUUAUCACUAAAUGAAUUGAGAGUGAUUUGCAUCCAAGCUCGUGAGAUGUUAUUGAAAUGAGGAAUUCCUUGGUGGUUCCUGCACCUACUGACAGCGGGCAGAAUACUUUGUUUUAACGUCACAUCUUCCCCAAUAUGUCUGCCGUCAUCUGUUUCAUUUUAUUGAGAGGAGAAAACGAGGAGAAAUGAGUUCGGAGAUUAUUACAUAUUAGACUGAAUUUCACAGAUUUAGCGCGAUGUAAACAUUGCCAUUGUAACUUGUACACCUUCUAGUCUGUAAUGCGGGUUAUAAGUAUGGUUAGGAUAAAGUGCCAUGCAACAGGUGAUUUUUGUCACUGAGACCUGCGUUUGCUAUCACGUGCAAUGAAAAUCUCUUUUGGGGAGGUCAUUGUAGGUGUCUGCAACAAGAAUCUGUGACACUGCAAUCUGCGAUGAGUAUUAAACCUAGUGAUUACUGGUUUUACCAGCAGAUGAGUGAUCUUUUCAUCACUUAUUGCAGCGAUGAUUAUCAUAGGUUGCAACAGCAUGAAAUUGCAUGUUUGCUGGGCACUUCAGAUCUCACGACCCCUGAUAGGUCAAGUGCUCAUCUCUUGAUUGGGUUGUCUCUUUGACAGCAUAAUUUUCCUCCGGGUUCUCCAGUUUCCUUCUACUUAAACAUUACAAAUCACCAAAGUAUUGUUUAUAGAGCUAAUAAUAUCCUGCCGUAGUUGAAGCUCGGCUCAGUAUUUUAAGAUCUCUUGAUGGUGAAAUUUUUUUUUCUCUGUUGGCACUCUAGAGUGUAUCAAGGGGCCAAACUCUACUAAUUUCCCUCCUGACAUGAAUAUUAAUGGGUACAAGGCUCGAUAUGGGUUUCAGGAGGCUGGUGUCCCACCCAUCCUGGAGAAGUUAUAUUAAUAAAAGACAGAAUUCAUAUUAAGGUCAUAUGCACCAGGGGUAGGGUAUAAUUGUACUCCGGGGUAAGUUCAGACCUGUCAAGUUACUAGUUUAGCAACGAAAUCUGGAGACUAACUACAGGGUUGGAUAUUCUUGUGAGAGGAUGCUUGGUUGGUAACGGCAAGAUUAAGGCUGGACUUAAGUGAACUAAGAAAUAGCUGGAACUAACGAAAAUGAAAAAUGAAAUGUAUCUGGCAUCUCAGAAAGAUUUGUGAAAUGAAUGCAAGUGACAUAACAAAAUAUGUCUAUGGUAACUGAAAGUCGUUUCCUGAUUGUGGGUUGCAGUGAGUUUUACAAGUGGAAAGUUUUAUGGGUUUUUUGAACCAAGUUUUAUAUCUAUUGAAGGAUCACAGGAAUGUGAUAAGAGGAAAGUAACUUAUCACAAAUAUUUGAUGGAAUGGAUAUGUGAGGUUUUAUUGUCGAAUUCACGGGGCAAGUUGUUUGAAAGUUGGCGUUCAAAGAUCAGUUGCAUUUCAAGAUAACUGACCAAUACUUGGAAAUGAUUGGCCAGGUUACAGUUUUGUCAUCAAUGGGUAGUUCAGGCUUGAUUUGUGGAGGUCUCACUUCCUGCUCAAUUAUCUUCUAACUGCCUAGAGGCAUGCCCAACAUUCAGAUAAUUAGCCCAAAUUUGACGACCCUUGGAUAUCUGAAACAGGUUUUUGCCAGUAGAUAUCAGUUGUAAUUGUAUGCCUAUGAAUUUCAUAUAGUAAUGUUUUAAGUGAGAAUACGUUGUAUAGUCAAAAAAGCUGCCAAUAGGUGUCAGAGUUUUAUAUAAGUCAUUCGUAAACGUGUCCGUUUUAUUAUGUAGAAUUUGGUUCUUGCCUGUAUAAAGUCUUAAUGUAUAUAAUGAUGCUACUGAAGUUUGUGAAAGAAAUGCAUGGCUAUAUCUAUCUGUACUGUAUAAAAAAUGGCCAUAAUGAUUUAUCUAUUUCAUAACUUGUAAUAAUUGAUCAACAUGGGUAUUUUAUUCAAGAUAUCCAAUGUGGUGUGUAUUGAGAUAAUACUGGGCCAACACUUUUAAAAGGUACAGAGUCCCUGUAAAGGGGGCACUUUAUGGAUACCUCAGAAAUUGUACACAAACAUUCUGUGUUUGCACUUUGAGCUUGUGUACCUACGGUACUUUCUACACACUAACUCUGUAACUAGCAUUUAGCGCCGGUUUAACGUUUUGGAGUGUUUCAUCUCAUCUGUUUGGGUACGAUGAACGACAGAAAUGACUUUUGAAAAAAAAUCAUUGUCUGUAACUGUCUAUUGUAUGGUAAUGCCGAAAUAUGGCGAACAACCUAAAUUGUUACAGUGGUACUGCAUAAUUAAUAGCUCUCAAUCAAAUCUAAUCAUAUGGAACAAAACCGUGUGCGUUCUGUCUGGUCCUGUUUGCACAUUCCUAGCAUUUGGAAGAGUGGUUACAAAAUAGCUUUUGGUUGGGGGUGAAUGUAGUCUGCUACGGUAACUUUUCUCUCAAGAUGACAAUGUUUAUACUCUGUCAUAAAAUGCUUGUAUUCGGGGCUUUUUUCAUAGCUAAAUGACCAAACAUCGUGUACUCAAUUCAUGCUCUUCCAAACAUCAUGUUCUGACUCUGUUAAAAGGUACUUUUUCGGUGAGCUCAGGCUUUACCUCUGUUGAAAGUUAGCAGUCAACUGGUGUGUUAUUGGCAGGCUUUGCAAAGAGGUCAGUAAACUAUUCACGUGUUAUCAUACCCUUGGCCUGUUCAUGUACGGAAAAAAACUCUAAUGUGCAUUCCUCGUUUCCUCGAUUUACACAUGUCCUGUUGUAAGUGACACAUUGCCUGUCGACUUUGAAAAUGACUUUGUUCAGGUUCCUGUUCAGAUAAGGUCUUGACAUGUCAACAGUGAAUUUUUUUCUUGAAAACCAGCCUUGGUCAGUACUAAACAGGAUGGAAAACCAGCCUUGGUAGGUACUAAACAGUAUGGAAAACCAGCCUUGGUCAGUACUGAACAGUAUGGAAAACCAGCCUUGGUCAGUACUAAACAGUAUGGAAAAACAGCCUUGGUCAGUACUCAACAGUAUGGAAAACCAGCCUUGGUCAGUACUCAACAGGAUGGAAAACCAGCCUUGGUCAGUACUAAACAGGAUGGAAAGCCAGCCUUGGUCAGUACUAAACAGGAUGGAAAACCAGUCUUGCUAGUACUAAUCAGUAUGGAAAACCAGUUGUAGUCAGUACUAAGCAGUAUUGAAAAACAGCCUUGGGUCAGUACUACACGGGAUGGAAACCCAGUCUUGCUUGUGCGAAACAGUAUGGAAAACCAGUUGUAGUCAGUACUAAGCGGGAUGGAAAAUGAGCCUUUGGUCAGUACUAAACGGGAUGGAAAACGAGCCUUGGUCAGUACUAAACAGGAUGGAAAACCAGUCUUGCUAGUACUAAACAGUAUGGAAAACCAGUUGUAGUCAGUACUAAGCAGUAUUGAAAAACGGCCUUGGGUCAGUACUAAACGGGAUGGAAAACCAGUCUUGCUAGUACUAAACAGUAUGGAAAACCAGUUGUAGUCAAUACUAAGCAGGAUGGAAAACGAGCCUUUGGUCAGUACUAAACGGGAUGGAAAACGAGCCUUGGGUCAGUACUAAAUGGGAUGGAAAACCAGUCUGUUUAGUAGCAGAUUACUGGUUCUUUCUAUAAUGGCUUGUCAUUCUGUUUGGUAGAUUUAAUUGGCGUUAACAAUGUGUGGGUGAUAGCAUGUGCUCGAGAUGAAGUUUGUUCACAAUUCUGAAUACUAGGAGCAGUGAGAAGUGUACUAGAAUGUAUAUUUUGUCCAUUCAGUCAGUAAAAUU